GAGCGAGGACUGGUGGCGCCCGGAGGAAAGCGGAGGCUGCGGCGAAAUCGCGUUAAAAAGCGACGCGGUGGCUACGAUCGAAGGAUCGAUCCUCUCUGCUCCUUUUUUUCCGUGCAACCGGGGGUGUGGAUCGUUCGCGGUUAGAAGUGCUCUAGAGCGAGACGUGGCUAUCCCGAAAUAAACUUUCUCGGGUUAUGUAAAGGCUGGGCAACUGGCUUGUGUUGACUCGCCGGUAUAAAGGUCGGCUGUGCCCCCAACAGUCCAAGAGUUGCUCACGAACUUCACGCCGGCAACCAUCGGGAGAACACUCGACGCUCUAUAUGUGACGUUGCCUUUUUAUCUGACGCAGACUUAUCUCCGGCGUUCACACAGCAUCGCACUUUCUCGAGAGAGCGUUGUGCUGUUGCACAGGCACGUGUCCCGUCGUUUCGGCAACAUGCGUUCCUUGAUCAUCCUCGCACUUGUCGCAGUGGCCCACUGCCAGGAAUAUUUCCGGCAACCGGAAAAGAUCGUGAGCGAGAACCGGAACCUUGGCGACAAUCGUGGCCACUAUUCGUUCACCUACGAGACCGAGGGCGGCAUAGUGCAAACAGAGACCGGAAGCCGAAAGUACGCUGGCACGCCGUCUGAGACCCAGCUGAUCCAAGGGUCCGUGCAGUACAAUGCUCCAGAUGGUACACCGAUAGCGAUUAGCUGGACCGCCGACGAAUUUGGUACUCAAGUAGCGGGUACUCACGUACCGACACCACCGCCAAUACCGCCGGCCAUUCAAAGGGCCCUUGACUGGAUCGCGAAACAACCCUCGACACCGGAACCCGAGGAAGCUGCCAAAGACUCGCCGAGCCUGCAAAACGCAGUUCCAGCCAGCACCAAUCGGCAACACAAACCCCUACGGACAGGCCCACGGAACUGAUCGGUCGUGAUCGAAGUAUUAGA